AUGCCGCCAACACUCCGUCCACGCAAGCAGGAUUCUGGAGCUGUGCCUCCGGGUGACGAGAUGAGCCCGUCGGAUGAAGAGCGGCCGUUUCUCGACCGUCCGGCAACAGCGACCGAGGAUGAGGUUGAGGUGUCAUCGCUUAAAAGUCGGAGCUGGGCACAGCGGAAUCAGUGGAUCGUUUUUGCGCUGGCCAGCGGGGCGUGUGCUGCUUUUAACGGUGUUUUUGCCAAGUUGACAACCACGGAGUUGACGGCGUCCUUUUCUUUGGUUAUUGCGCGCAUGCUGGAACUUGAGAGGUUGGAGCGAGUUAUUGAGGUUGCUGUGAGAUGUACAUUUUUCGGGUUGAAUCUCGCAUUCAACGGUGUUAUGUGGACUCUCUUCACAACGGCCCUCGCGCGCGGCAACUCGACAACCCAGGUCUCCAUCAUGAAUACCUCGGCCAACUUUGUAAUCACUGCUUUGCUCGGGUAUGCCAUCUUUUCCGAGGCGCUGCCGCCACUGUGGUGGCUGGGGGCUGCGAUGCUCGUGGCGGGAAACGUAAUUAUCGGGCGGAAAGAUGAGGGGUUGUCCAAGUAG